AUGGCGAGAUGUGAUUAGUUGAUAGACCUCAUCGGACGUGUCUUGACUUGGUUAUACUUACAUCUUCCUACGUUACACUUUGUUGUCUUCUCGUUGUAACUACAGAUACAUACACACAAACAUAUAUAUAUAUAUCUAUCGCCGUGAUUUUGAAAUCUCUCCCCGUCGACGAUCUCUUGCCUUGACAAAGAUUUCAGUUUUGCUGUGGAGGAAGAGCUGUUUGAUUGAAAAGACUUGUGAUUUGUGAUAGUGCAAUGAAGAAUGGCGAACGAGCUGCGAAUCUUGCUCUUUUAGGUUUAUCACUGGCACCGCUGAUUGUGAAGGUGGACCCAAAUUUGAAUGUUGUUUUGACUGCAUGCCUCACAGUUUAUGUGGGGUGCUACCGUUCUGUCAAGCCAACACCACCUACUGAAACCAUGUCUAAUGAGCAUGCCAUGAGAUUUCCAUUGGUCGGAAGUGCAAUGUUGUUGUCUUUAUUCUUGCUUUUCAAGUUCCUCUCGAAAGACCUGGUUAACGCUGUACUGACUUGCUACUUUUUUGUACUGGGAAUCGUCGCUCUUUCGGCGACACUACUACCUUCAAUUAGUAGAUUUCUGCCAAAGAAUUGGAAUGAAGAUGUUAUAAAUUGGCGUUUUCCUUAUUUUCGCUCUGUGGAGGUUGAGUUCACAAGGUCACAAAUAGUAGCAGCCAUUCCUGGAACAUUUUUCUGCGCAUGGUACGUUUCGCAGAAGCAUUGGUUGGCUAACAAUAUCUUGGGCCUCGCGUUUUGCAUUCAGGGAAUUGAGAUGUUGUCACUGGGUUCUUUCAAGACUGGGGCCAUUCUUUUGGCUGGCCUCUUUGUCUAUGAUAUCUUUUGGGUUUUUUUCACCCCAGUGAUGGUUAGUGUUGCCAAAUCUUUCGAUGCUCCUAUAAAGCUUUUGUUCCCAACAGCAGAUGCUGCACGUCCUUAUUCGAUGCUUGGGCUUGGAGACAUUGUGAUACCAGGCAUCUUUGUGGCACUGGCUUUAAGAUUUGAUGUGUCUAGAGCGAAACAGAGCCAAUAUUUCAAAAGUGCUUUUCUGGGAUAUACUUUAGGCUUGGUUCUGACAAUCGUUGUGAUGAACUGGUUUCAAGCUGCUCAGCCUGCUCUAUUGUAUAUUGUACCUGCUGUCAUUGGGUGUUUAGCUUUUCAUUGCAUAUGGAAUGGAGAGGUCAAAGAGUUAAUGGAGUUUGACGAGUCCAAAAAUUCUGAUUCUCAAGACAAUGACAAUGACGACUCCAAAAUUAGCAAAAAAGAUGAAUGAGAUGAACUAGCACAGAAGAAAGAAACCAUUUUGGCUUUUGGUUACCGAUUAUAGUUCAUAUCUAUAUGUACUGGAAAUUGUUUUAGCUUGAAACUAACAUAGUCAACUGCUGAAAAUGCUGAUAUAAGGAUUUGAUGAAAAUUUUUGCGUUAUAAUACCAGGAAAUAGGCAGUUCUUAGACA